UGCGGGGCUGCGGGGCCGGGCGGCGGCAUGGCGGAGAGCGAGGCGGAGACCCCCAGCACGCCGGGCGAGUUCGAGAGCAAGUACUUCGAGUUCCACGGCGUGCGGUUGCCGCCCUUCUGCCGCGGGAAGAUGGAGGAGAUCGCCAACUUCCCGGUGCGGCCCAGCGACGUAUGGAUCGUCACCUACCCCAAGUCCGGCACCAGCUUGCUGCAGGAAGUGGUCUACUUGGUGAGCCAGGGGGCUGACCCUGACGAGAUCGGCUUGAUGAACAUCGAUGAGCAGCUCCCGGUCCUGGAGUACCCUCAGCCAGGCCUGGACAUCAUCAAGGAACUGACAUCUCCCCGCCUCAUCAAAAGCCACCUCCCCUACCGCUUCCUGCCCUCCGACCUCCACAACGGCGAUUCCAAGGUCAUAUAUAUGGCCCGGAACCCCAAGGAUCUGGUGGUGUCCUAUUACCAGUUCCACCGCUCUCUGCGGACCAUGAGCUACCGAGGCACGUUCCAGGAGUUCUGCCGGAGGUUCAUGAACGACAAGUUGGGCUAUGGCUCCUGGUUUGAGCACGUGCAGGAGUUCUGGGAGCACCACAUGGAUUCGAACGUGCUUUUCCUCAAGUACGAAGACAUGCACCGGGACCUGGUGACCAUGGUGGAGCAGCUGGCCAGGUUCCUGGGGGUGCCCUGCGACAAGGCCCAGCUGGAGUCGCUGAUCGAGCACUGCCACCAGCUGGUGGACCAGGGCUGCAACGCCGAGGCCCUGCCCGUGGGCCGGGCACAUUGCCUCUUUGCUCAGAAGACCUCCUUGCGUUGGUGAGAAUGCAGGGGCUUGAGUAGCCAGCUGCAUUGCUUAGAUUUGGUUCAUGUCACAGCAUAAAUUGCACUGUCUUGAGUCCAAAUCAUAAACCAGGUGGGUGACUCCUCUGACGAGCUCUUGGCUGCCUCAGCUGAGAAAAAUAAUCGUGGAAAAAAAAAUAUGGUGUGGUGGGUCUAGAGCUUGCUAAUUCUGACCCCAAGCUGUCCUUAGAGGGUAGCAAGAACAGUCUCUUGCGUUUUUUCCUCUCCAUCACUGACAUCAUUUUUCAUCACCGAAGAGAAAAUCCACGUCACUUUGGAUUUGUUAGCUCAGCGUUUGCAGGGUUGCAGUUUGAUACAUCAGGUCCUGCCAGGACGGGCGACUGUUAAUAGCGCAGCUUAAUGAGAGAUGCUUGCUGGGACAGUCAGAGCUCUGCUGUCAGAGAUGCCGACGGUGAACAGAAUUCUAGACGAGCAUCUCAGUGCCCCGAGGCCAGUGUGUAAAAAGCGCGGCCUUGGUGCUCGGGGUGACACACUUAUUGCAGACAGGAGGGCAGGGACCUGCUCCUGACUCCUUCACAUAUUCAUAGUGACCAGAACUGAAGAUCUUGUAGUUAAGGAAAGUGAGUUCAGCAGUUUUUGUCACUUUGAGCUCUCUCCCUUCACGAAGAAGGGGAAGGCCCGUGCCAGCCCAUCACUGUUGGCUCCAGGCCCCUUAUGUCCUGCAGGGGGCGGGUAGAGGGGGUCUGACCAAGCCUCACAGGCCUGUUGCUGUGAUGGAGCAUCCACGGGGGCCUGGGUGGGACUGGUUUUGGUGUCGAGUUGGGAGCUCUGAUGGUUUUAUUCCCUGUCACUUCUCCCCUGACGUCACAUGUGCAGGCUUCUCGCAAUCUCCACCCUUGACCUGGCCCCGGCAGCUCCCUGCCCACCAUAACACACUCUGCCUUUUCGGGGAUGAUUUUCUGUUUCCCUUUUAAAAUUCUCCAGCAGCAGCAGCUGCCUUGGUGGAGCUGUUGAACUGCGUGAGUAGUGGUGUCACGGAGCACACAGAUCCCAUGUGGCACCUGAACCACAGACCCGCUCCACGGACACUGUCCUCGGGGGUGCUGGGAGUUGGCGCCCACUCUGCCUGCUGCUGGGGGCCAGCGGUGGACGGCCACAACCCUCCCCAGGGCCUCAGCUCUGCACGUCUGUGGUCCUGGGUGGAAAGCACACUGGGAUGGCCAGACUCAGGGAAGCGGGCUCAGCUAGCCGGUAGUUCACAUGGCUGUCGUGAUCCCCACGGGACAGGUUCAGAGGGCUCCGGGAAUAGGUCUGGAACCUUCCAGGUCCCUCUCCCCAGCUCCUUGUGGUUUGGCAGCUGGCCUGACCGCGAGUGGACUCAGCACGCCCCGCCCUUGUCUGUGUUGCAGGAAGGGUCGGGCUGUGGAAGGACAUCUUCACCGUCUCCAUGAACGAGAAGUUCGACCUGGUGUACAAGCAGAAGAUGGGGAAGUGCGACCUCACUUUCGACUUUUAUUUGUAAUAUCAGCAACCGCACACUUGCAUGCUCACAGUACCAGACACUAUAGCUCAGAGUCCUGUUUGCUCAUUUGUUUCUUGCUGGACAGACUCUGGAAGUGAGACCCCGGGGGAGGGAGGGGACAUGGCCCGAGAAGUUGGAUAAAGCGGGUUUGAGUUCUGAUCCAGAGCAGCUGUCUCGCCUUUGAAGUCUAAACGUCUGCCCACAAAGAUGGCGGUUCUGGUGGACCACACGUGUCACGUCCGUUAACAUAUGCAACUAGAGUGUCUACCUUUAUUACAACCCACACUACGUAUUGUAUUUUAUAGAGCUUUUCACUGGAAACCUAAAUAAAUGUUAGUAAACCAAAUAAAAGUUCAUUUCCGAGGGGCUCAGGAGAGCCACACCCAGGUGGUAGGAAGUGCUCAGGGUUGACUUUUUUUUUUUUUUUUUUUGUCGUUCACACGCACAGCCAUUCUGUCCUCCCCUGGUGAGGUCUGGGGUGAGGCUGGGGUGGGGGGCCCGAGUUUCCUCAGUGGCGCUCAGUUGUCAGCAGCUGCCCUGAGUUGCAGCAGGAGCUGUUCGAGGGGCGGGGUUUCAGAGGCUGCCUUCCGGCCAGCACCCCAAGGCCGACGCAGAGGACCCGGCAGGACGGACAUGCAACGCAGCGACCCAAGAACUGCCCCCCCCCCCCCCCCCCCCCCCCCCCCAGCAGAGACGGAACCUGCUCACAACCUGACUUUUCGUUCUAGGGUCUUUGAUUCCCCGAAGCAGAUACCUGCUUAUGUUGGCAAAUAGAUGGCUUGAUAGUACUUUCUAGAACUCCUGGGUCUAUACCUACCGUUCAUUGUUGCGUCUGGGCCUGCGGCUCUCAGCUCUGGAGACCCGCCGAGUGCGUGUGGCGCCCUGUCUUGGCCCGCAUAGGCCGGCAGGGUCGCCUGGGUGCUGCUCCAGGGACUGGAGGCGGGGCCGUCCUGCCCCGCCUCCCCUUCGUUAGCCGGCCCACGCCGGGCCGGAGGACCGACAAGAGGCGGCGGGCGAGCCGCAGGGCCGGCCACCGAUGUGCACGCGUGUCGCGGCCCCUGUGCACAGGGCUGUCCCGGCUGUCCGUGGCUGGGACGUGCCCGGGGUGUUGGGGCCAGAGGAGUCGCCGCCUCCGCGGGAGGGUCUUUGCCAUGCGCUGUCCAGAAACGGGCGGGUGUGCGUGCUUCAGUCGUUUUGGCGAGAAGAGCAGCUUGGCCAGGGCAGGGGUCCGCGGCACUGCGCGGUGGGCUUGGCAGCACCUUCUUUCUGUGUAUCUGCGAGGGCGGCUGCUUUCUGUGAAAUUUGUUUUCUAUUUUUCUAUUUUUAGUACUGUAUGGGUGUUACUGAGCACCACACCGUGAGACUUCUCUGUGCUUGCUUGCAUCUUUAAUAAAGAC